AUGCACUCGGACUACUUUUUCAAGGGGACUGUCAAGCAAGUACCAAGCGACGAGGCCUACGUUGCAGCUGCUCAUCAAUUCGCCGCAACACUACUCGCCAUCGAUGAGAGCACGCUUGUGAGAACGUCUGACGGAGUCGACCUUAUCUGGUUCACCAAGCGAGGAAUGUUCUCACCAUAUGGCGCCCUCUGGGAGAUCUUUUACUCGCUCUCCAUGGCUGUGAUUAUGACGCUUUUACGGUUCUUUCCUCCUCCCACGAAUCUGGCCAAAGACCCGAGGCACCGCAACCAUUUGAAGAAGGAGAAGAGUGGUUGGAAUGCCAAAAAGUGCCAGUACGGAGUUCAUCACUUCGCGUACUGGUAA